AUGUUUCCAAUUACGUCAUCGCUGCUGCUCCAGGAAGGGCAACAAUUGCAGAGAUCCGGCCUCAGGGCGGGCUGCAAUGGCGAUCACAAGAACUUCUCCAUUGCGGGAACGGGAGCGGUUUGUUGUUUCUUCCCGUCCCUGCGUCUUUCCGAUCACUCCGUCACUCCCAGAGAAGCCGGAGAGCGCGUGUGGCAGUCUGAAAGCGUCGCUAGCAAGGAUAAUGGCAGCGGGGAACAGACCGGCUUAACUCGUGGUGGGUUGCCAGAUUGCACAGUGUCUGACGCAAUUCUUCCUCCUCACAGGCUGGCAGGCUGGCAAGAGCAGCGGGGCAGGCGCGGCUUGCGCGCCCUGAUUCGAUCGCCAAAAUCGAUUCGCCACAGGUGUCCCACACCCUUGACUGUGUUCUUCCUCUUCACCUCCUUGAGGUUCGGCGCCUCUAUUUUCCCUCAGCGGUGA